AUGGACGCUGCCAGCACCGACAGUCCGUCUGGACACGAUACCCAAAACCGUGUGGCAAAUCCGGCACAUGGACCCUUUGACGACACUCUAAAGAACAGCGCAAAUGGAGAGCCUGCGGUCCAAGACAACGCGACUGACACUAUGAGCAACCCACCUCUAAGCGACAACAACGGCACCUUAGAGAAGGAGCCCGAUAUGGGUGAGCAGAAAGAACUCGUCGUGAAACUCAAGUUCAAGACCGACAAUGCGCCAAUUCUUCCCUCAGAAAUCGCAAACAUGGGUCCAGGCUCUGCUACUAUGGACCCCGCUCAGGAGUCUGCGUCACUGGACUCUUCGAGGCUUUCCGCAGAAGACACAUCCAUCAAGCUGGAGCCGGAAGAUAUCGGUAACAUUACGGCCCAAGAUCUCAACUCAAGUGGUACGCAUAAAAUCCAAGGAGAUGAGUCCAGCGACACAACGUUGACUCAGCAACCCCUGAACGAACAUAUGAACGAGUCGCACCAGACUAACACACCACAAGACAAGACUGUACCUGAGGAACAUCCAGUUUCAGGCAACAAUGGCGUUUGUCAUGGUUCCACAGUUGCUGAGCUGCAAACGUCCCAUACUGCUGACCCAAAGGAGGACCAUCAACUGCCAAUCAAAGUGGACGACGGCGAACAAGCUGGUGGAGAACAUGACGAGACUGACCGUUUGCUGCCCGAUACUCCCUCCGUACCUGACAAUAUCCCGGCACCUGGCAGGGAUGUUAACAAGCUCAAGGACGAAGACAUGGACAUCGACAAAGAGCAGGUAUCCACUCUGCAGUCACAGCGACUUGGUGUCAGCCAAUCAAUUGCUGAAUCCACAGUUGACGGCAUCUUUGGCCAGAGUCAUAAAUUGGACACCACUCCGAUACAGUUCACCAUAGACUCUACUUCACCUCGUCUUGGUACUCAAAACAUCACCAAAAAGCCGCCUGUUGCUAACAGUCUUUCUUCAUACAGCAAAUCGGUGUCUCCUCAUCAUUCGCAACAGCCUUUCACUCAGAACGGCCUCAGCGAGCCCACACAUCUCCAGCAGCUUGAACGCCAGAUCUUAGAUAAGAAGCAGAAGCUAGAAGAGAUGAAGAAAAAGAUGGGGAGCUCUGGUCGGCAAACACCCCAACCAGCAAGUCAUCCUGGACAUCAGCGGAGCCAAUCAUACAUGCCACCUGCGUUUGCCAGUAGACCUCCUCCUUCGAGCUAUCAGCGUGGACAUCCUCCGUCCGCCUUUCAGCCUUUUGCAUAUGGCAACAAUAGCGGUCCAUCUGCUUACAUUAUGGCAACUCCUUCUCCAUACGGUCAGAUGAUGUCCAUGUCGUCGCAGCUAGGUCGUGGUCCUGGCGAUUACAGCAUGGCGGCACUCCGCGAUGUGAUCGAUGGAAACCCAGGUCCGUCUGCACACCGCUACACAAAGGCUCCACCUCAAGUUGUCAACGAGGAUGACCGCGGGCAAAUGAUGUCCAUGUCGUCGCAGCCAAAUUACAAUAUGGCGGCACUCCGCGAUAUGGUCAAGGGGAAAUCAGGUCCGUCUGCACAGCGUUAUACAAAGGCUCGAUCUCAAGUUUUCGACGAGAACGAAGAAGACAAGGACGACGAAUACUCCGAUGACGAUGAACCUCUACGCACACGAGUGAAGCGCCAUCCAUCAGUCAUGAGCGAAGACUCUGUCAUCCACAUGAGCUCUCCCCCCCUCACCUCCAUCCGCGACCCCCACAACGACCGUUCCGCCUCCUCCUUCCUCACUGACAAGGAAACUCCCGAGCCAGACAGUAGCUCAGCGCACAAGAACCCAGUCCGGAAACCGCGCCCUCUCCCUCAACCCCUCCGCCCCGACACCUCCUUAAACGGUAACGAAGACAUCGACUCCACCAAAAUCAACUGGUGCCUCCCCCGCUACGAAGUCCUCCCCCAGCCCACCCUCGACGACGUCCCCUCAGCAAAAAUCUCCCUACCAGGCCUCGUCCGGGAAGAACUGCUCCUCUCCCCCGACCACUCAGCACAGGAAACCCACUUACUCCUCAACCUUUUCCUCCCCGGCCAACAAGCCCUCGCAGAACCGGACCCACAACCCGCCGUCGCACUCCUAAACUUCCACACCAUCGCCGUCAUGGUCAUCGAAUGCUACGUCCAGUACGAAAUCGGCGACGAACUAGGUCUCGGCCGCGGCCACUUCCACGACAACCACGACGACGAGGGUAUAGGCGAGUACGAGCGUGUCCGCGACGCCAAAGACGCCGAUGUGGAUGAGAUCUUCUUUGCGGUGGUCGAUCGGUGGCGGGCGGGCAGGGAGUCGAAGAAGGAGAGUUUGACGCUGAUUCGUGGCGCGCAGGAGUUUGCGGACCAGGCGCUUGAUGUUAUCUAUUAUAUCAAGGAGAAUGGGUUACUGAGGGGGACGGAGGGUAAGGGGAAGAAAAAGGUUAGGACUGAGGAGGAGAUGGUGGGGGUUAGUCGGAAGGGGAAAGGGAAGGUGGCGGGGACUAAGAGGGGGACGACGGCGAAGCCGAAUCAGAUGGGUGCGAGGAAGAAGGCGAAAGUUGAGGCCAAGGUUGAGGUUCGGAAGGUUGAGGUUAAGAAGAGGGCGAAGCCGGUUGUGGUUAAGAGGUGUUGA